AAAGGCAGAAACUACAGAGACCUAAAGUUACAUUGUUUGGCAUAGUGGCGCCCACUCUGAAUCCUCUUUAGCUUCCUUCACGUGGAGAAAAUCGGUGCUUUGACUGGUCCAAUAAUGGGAGCAGAGAGCUUGCCCGCCAAGCAAAGGAAUCAUCCAACGAGUUUCCGUUAAAAGCCAAUUUAAAUUCAAGAGGCAAUAGUUUUCGGAGUACGCAAGAAAGAUCUCUGUCUGCUUUCUCUAAGCAGAAGAAAUCAAAAAAUAAAAUUUCUCUGAGGACGACGUUGAAAUUGAGAGCCUACAGAGUGAUAAUUAUGGGGAAGGAAACAGAGGACAAAGUCAAUCCUUCAGCGGAGGUGAUAGCCGAAGAGAAUGGAUGGCAUGCUGAUCUUGAAAAAAAUCAUGAGGCAUCCUCUAGCAACUCCGAGGUUAAAGAAACAGGUGAGAUUAAGGGAGACAACAUUCAAAACCAGGAAGAUGGUGAUAAGAAGGAAGAGAACAAAUACACUGUCCCAUUCUACAGGUUGUUUUCCUUCGCAGACUCCAUUGAUGUCUUUCUUAUGAUUCUGGGGUCAGUUGGAGCACUGGCGAAUGGGGCUGCAUUGCCUCUCAUGACAGUUCUCUUUGGCAACUUAAUCCAAUCUUUCGGAGGAGCUAAAGAUAUUCAUGAUGUGGUUCACAGGGUUUCCAAGGUAGCCCUUGAGUUUAUAUACUUAGCAGUCGGCUCAGGAGUGUCAUCCUUUCUCCAGGUGUCUUGUUGGAUGGUCACUAGGGAGAGGCAGGCAGCAAGAAUACGGAACUUGUACCUGAAAGCCAUAUUAAGGCAAGAAAUUGCAUUCUUUGAUAUGGAAACAAGCACGGGAGAAGUUGUUGGAAGAAUGUCAGGUGACACUGUUCUAAUUCAAGAUGCAAUGGGUGAGAAGGUUGGCAAGUUUAUUCAGCUAAUAUCAACAUUUUUUGGGGGCUUCAUAGUUGCAUUUGUUCAAGGAUGGCUUUUGUCGCUCGUAAUGCUAUCAAUAAUUCCACUCGUUGUUGUUGCUGGCGCACUAAUGUCUAUUGUUGUAUCCAAGAUGGCUUCAAAAAGUCAAACAGCUUAUGGUGAUGCUGCAGUAAUAGUGCAGCAAGCAAUCGGUUCAAUUAGAACUGUUGCAUCUUUUACCGGUGAAAAGAUUUCGGUAUGCAAAUAUAAAAAUGCACUAAGAAAUGCCUACACUUCAAGCGUUCAGGAGGGCCUUGCUGCUGGAGUGGGUCUUGGUUUUGCUAUGUUCUUCAUGUUCUGCAGUUAUUCGUUAGGCAUUUGGUAUGGAGGAAAGUUGAUAUUAGACAAGAGCAAAGGGUACAGUGGUGCAGAUGUUAUUAAUGUAAUAUUUGCACUCAUCACUGGUUCCUUUUCUCUAGGUCAGGCAUCGCCUUGCCUGUCAUCCUUUGCAGCAGGCCAAGCGGCAGCAUACAAGAUGUUCGAGAUGAUCAACAGAAAGCCGGAGAUUGAUGCUUAUGACACAAAUGGAAGGAAGCUGGAUGACAUUCGUGGAGAUAUUGAGUUCAGAGAUGUGUAUUUUAGCUAUCCAGCAAGGUCUGGUGAACAAAUAUUCAGAGGGUUCUCUCUUUUAAUUAACUCUGGCACAACUACAGCACUAGUUGGAGAGAGUGGUAGUGGGAAGUCAACAGUAAUCAGUCUAAUCGAAAGGUUUUAUGACCCACAAACGGGAGAAGUCCUCAUUGAUGGUACAAAUAUUAAAGAUCUUCAACUUAGAUGGCUUAGGGGUAAGAUUGGGCUUGUGAGCCAGGAGCCUGUUCUUUUUGCCUCAAGCAUUAAGGAUAACAUCUCUUACGGCAAGGAUAAUGCAACAACUGAAGAGAUCAGAGUUGCUGCUGAGCUAGCUAAUGCUUCCAAGUUCAUUGAUAAGAUGCCUCAGGGAUUGGACACGAUGGUCGGGGAGCAUGGAACUCAACUAUCUGGGGGCCAGAAGCAAAGAAUUGCCAUUGCUCGAGCUAUUCUCAAGGACCCAAAAAUAUUGCUACUAGAUGAAGCCACCAGUGCUCUUGAUGCCGAAUCCGAACGAGUUGUGCAGGAAGCACUUGAUAGAGUCAUGAUGAAUCGCACUACUGUCAUUGUGGCUCAUCGUUUGAGCACAGUGAGAAAUGCUGAUAUUAUUGCUGUUGUUCACCGUGGUUCUAUAGUUGAGAAAGGAUCUCAUUCUGAGCUUAUAAAGGAUUCAAAUGGUGCAUAUAGCCAACUUAUCCGGCUGCAGGAAAUGAACCAAAAUUCUGAUUCCAUGUCUCAAUCUGACAAUGAAAAAAGAAGUCUUUCUCUAGAUGGAACAAGGCGUUCGAGCCAACACAUGUCUAUCAAACAGUCCAUCAGCAGAGAUUCAUCUUUUGGGCAUAGCAGCCGCCACCAUUCAUUAUCAGCAGGCUUUGGUUUGCCUGUAGGAAUUGAUGUCUUAGUACAUGCACCAGAUGCGCCCAAUAGUAGCACCACUGAACAAUCAAAGGAAGUACCUCUCAGCCGUCUCGCCUCGCUAAACAAACCAGAAAUCCCAAUCUUGCUGUUGGGUGCAGCAUUUUCAAUCAUAAAUGGGACUAUCUUCCCAGCUUUUGGUGUAAUCCUAUCUAGCGUUAUUAACACUUUCUAUCAGCCACCGGACAAGCUAAAGAAAGACUCCAAGUUUUGGUCUCUAAUGUUCUUGAUAUUCGGGGUAGUUUCUUUAACUGCAGAGCCCGCAAAAUCAUACUUCUUUGGGGUAGCUGGUUCUAGAUUGAUAAGAAGGAUUAGAUUUAUGACGUUUGAGAAGGUUGUCAACAUGGAGAUUGCUUGGUUCGAUGAUUCUGAAAACUCAAGUGGAGCAAUUGGCGCUAGACUAUCAGCAGAUGCGGCUUCAGUUAGAAGUCUUGUGGGUGAUGCACUAUCCCUGAUUGUUCAGAACAUUACCACCUUGAUCGCCGGUUUGCUAAUUGCUUUCAUUGCUAACUGGCAACUCUCACUUAUCAUCUUGGCUAUGAUACCUCUCAUUAGCCUAAAUGGAUUGAUUCAGGUGAAGUUCAUGCAAGGAUUUAGUGCUGAUGCGAAGCUGAUGUACGAGGAAGCAAGUCAAGUGGCGAAUGACGCAGUUGGAAGCAUAAGGACAGUUGCUUCAUUUUCGGCUGAAGAGAAGGUCAUGGAACUUUAUAAGAAAAAGUGUGAAGGCCCAAUGAGAACUGGAAUCAGACAGGGAUUGAUUAGUGGGAUUGGCUUUGGGGUUUCCUUCUUCUUGCUCUUUUGCGUGUAUGCUGCCUGCUUCUAUGCUGGAGCUCGAUUGGUCGAGGACGGGAAGACAACAUUUGGAAAAGUUUUUCGGGUUUUCUUCGCCUUAUCAAUGGCAGCCAUGGGAAUUUCUCAGUCAAGCUCUCUAGCUCCAGAUUCGACUAAGGCCAAGUCUGCAACUGCAUCUGUGUUUUCAAUUUUGGACCGGGAAUCUAAAAUUGAUCCCAGUGAUGAUACUGGGAUGACUUUAGACGCUGUUAGAGGCAAUAUUGAGUUCUGUCAUAUCACCUUCAAAUACCCAACAAGGCCCGAUGUCCAGAUUUUCCAGGAUCUUUGCUUGUCUGUUAAAUCUGGGAAGACCGUUGCAUUGGUAGGAGAGAGUGGGAGUGGAAAAUCAACAGCAAUAGCAUUGUUACAGAGAUUCUAUGACCCAGAUUCGGGCCAUAUACUUCUAGAUGCAAUUAAAUUGCAAAAGUUUAAGCUGAGAUGGUUGAGGCAGCAGAUGGGUUUGGUAAGUCAAGAACCUGUUAUGUUCAAUGAUACAAUUCGAGCAAAUAUUGCUUACGGGAAAGAAGGGAAAGCUACUGAAGCUGAGAUUGUAGCUGCAGCUGAGGCAGCAAAUGCUCACAAAUUCAUAUGCAGUUUGCAGCAGGGCUAUGAUACAAUGGUGGGAGAGCGAGGAAUUCAACUAUCUGGCGGGCAGAAACAGAGGAUAGCCAUAUCACGUGCAAUAGUGAAGGACCCAAAAAUAUUGCUCCUCGAUGAGGCUACUAGUGCACUUGAUGCCGAAUCCGAAAGAAUUGUUCAGGAUGCAUUGGAUCGUGUGAUGGUCAACCGGACGACUGUGGUGGUUGCACACCGCCUCACGACAAUCAAGAAUGCUGAUCUUAUUGCACUAGUUAAAAAUGGAGUGAUCAUUGAGAAAGGAAAACACAACAUUCUAAUCGACAUUAAUGGUGGGGCUUAUGCCUCCCUUGUUGCACUGCACUCAAGUUCAACUACUUCAUGAGCAAUCUAAUUUAUGGUCUGUUUGAAGCAGCUGCAGCUCAUUGAAGAAGCGGCUGAAGAAGUAGCGGUUCAAAAGGUGGUUGUGUCUGUUGCAAUUUUUUCUUUUUUUUUUUUUAAGUUAGACCACAGCUUUUUGAUAACCACCGCAGGUAAUUAGGUCUGGUGGAAAAAACGCAGUUUUUAGCGGUAGCUUUUUGAGAAUGCAAGCAAAACGUAGUUUUGCCGAACAGGAAAAACUACGAUACAAUACCAAACGACCACAGCACCACCACCACAAACAAAUCCUUACUUUCGAUGGCUUUGCUAUAUAUCAAUUUUUUUCUCUCAAAUGUUUGUAUUAUGGAGACAAUUUAUACUAGUUAAAUUUUGUCUUUUCUUCA